AUGAAGCGUCGCACGUCACCCCUUCCAGCUGGCAGCCGCUUCUCGAAGGAAGCACAGGUGGGAGUGGCGCUGGCUCUUCGAUGCGGCGAAGCAAUGCGGCGAUGUCUCCAGAAGAAGGUGCACUGGAAGGAUGAUUCGAGCAUCGACCCGGUCACGGCCACCGACCGUGACAACGAGCAGCUAGUGGGUGAAGGCCUGAAGGCCGCUUUUCCUACGCACGUGGUGAUGGGUGAGGAGGCCUCAGCGGCCCUGGGCUCCAUCCCCGAGCUCACGGACGUACCGACCUGGAUUGUGGAUCCUAUUGAUGGCACCACCAACUUCGUCUAUGGGAUCAAGUUGAGCUGCGUUAGUCUCGGCUUUUGUGUGGGCCGUCGGCCGGUGGUUGGCGUUGUGUAUGAUCCCUACGCUGACGAGCUCUUCGUGGCAGCCGAGGGCGAAGGUCACGGGUGGGCCUUCAAAGUCCUGCAGGCCGAGGUGGCCUCCCUCAGGGAGCGCCUUGACAUCGUGGUCUCGAAGGUGUCCGUGCUCGGCCGAACGCAGGAGCUGUGCCAGCAACUCGAGGGGGAAGCCCACUUACAGCUGGCGCGCCUGCAUAGCGAGGGCCGACCCACUGCCGAAACCUCGCCGGCCUCGGCGCACGGCGUGGACUCGCCGCUGCUGGCGCUGCUGCACGUGGCGAUGGGCCUGCUCCUCGAGGUCCACAGCGGGUGGUCCAAAGAUGUCCACCGGCUCGCCUCACCCACCUCACCACUGUCACCAAAUCACCAGUACUACCCACUGUCACCACAUAGCCACCAUGGCCGGAGCCCGGCGCAGCCGGAGCUCUUUCAACCGCUCGUCCCAGAGGUGGCGUCGGUCCCCAUCCACUCGGUCUUUCCACAGCUGUCGGAUUCCGGGAGGAGUGUCCGAGAGGCGGAGGCACAGCUGUCGAACACACUGGAAGUGGGUGGCCGUGCCUUGGGGCAGGGGACCUGGGCCACCGCCUACCGGCAGGCCACGGGCCAAAGGAAGCAGGCGCUGCGCCUGCUCUGCGAGCUGGGCAUCGUCACCCAGCGGGAGCUCUCUGACGACUUGACGCAGGUCUGCGCGGAGCACGUGGAGGACUGCGUGCAAAUUGCCGAGGAGAUCCUGAGGCAUUGGCCCCCAGCAGAGGGGCAGCCGCCACAGGAAGCAGCUCGCAUGUACUUUCAGGACCGCCUGAAGGCCAUGUAUAUGCAGAAGGCUCCCUACAUGCCAUCGUGA